CAGAGUCAGGUUUUCCCCACCCUAAAGAGCGAAGGUAGAUCAAGCUUACGCCUCUGUAAAGGAAGACGGCCUGCUCUUCGUUCCCAUGCCGGAAGGGCGGGGAUUCAGGCAGACGAAGGGGUCUUUUUCCACCCGACCCUUCGGCUGGGACUGGAGGGGAUUUUGCAUUAUUAUGCGUCAUUCACAGCCUCUUUUUGUUGCCGCCGAGAUUGCUCCACAACGCAGAAGAAACCCGUUUUACCUCUACAUGUAUGGCGAAUAAAUUUGGAUACUCCAGAAGAGGCCCACCAAAACCUGUCUUUCGGUGGUGCUGAUCGCUGGUGGGAGCAAACUGACCUCAACAAACUGAUUUUAUCUUCUAACAAACUGCAGUGUCUUUCUGAUGAUGUCAAACUCUUACCUGCCCUCACUGUGCUUGAUGUGCAUGAUAAUCAACUCACGUCUCUUCCUUCUGCUAUAGGAUCACUAGAAAAUCUUCAGAAAAUUAAUGUGAGUCAUAAUAAACUGCAAAAGAUACCAGAAGAGCUUACUCAGCUAAAACACUUGAGGAGUCUGCUUCUGCAGCACAAUGAAUUGUAUCGCUUGCCUGAUGAAUUUGGACAGCUUGUCAGUUUGGAAGAGUUGGAUAUCUCUAAUAACCAUAUCUCUGAUAUCCCUACAAGUUUUGCUUUCCUUGUAAACUUGGUGCAUCUCAAUUUAGGUUCUAAUCAAUUAAGGAAUCUGCCAAAAGAAAUCAGUGCAAUGAAAAGUUUAAGACAGCUUGAUUGCACUAAGAAUUUCCUGGAAACUAUACCUCCUGAAUUGGGCAGUAUGGUUUCAUUAGAACAACUUUAUCUAAGGAGAAAUAAGUUGUGCUACUUGCCAGAUUUUCAUUCAUGUACAUAUUUAAAGGAAUUGCAUGUUGGUGAAAAUCAGAUCGAAGUAUUAAGAGCUGAACAACUGAAGUAUCUGAAUUCCUUGUGUGUGUUGGAGCUAAGAGAUAAUAAGUUGAAAUCAUUGCCUGAUGAAAUUACUCUGCUACAAGGAUUAGAAAGGCUAGAUUUAUCCAACAAUGAUAUUAGCAAUCUUCCUUGUAAACUAGGAAACCUUUCUCAGUUGAAAUUUUUAGCAUUGGAAGGAAAUCCUUUAAGAGCAUUCCGAAGGGAUAUUCUGCAAAAAGGAACACAAGAAAUCCUGAAAUAUCUUGCAAGCAAAAUACAAGAUGAUGAAAUAAUUAACCCAAAUGGAGAAUUUCCCAUGACAGCAAUGACUUUGCCAAGUCAGUCCAAAAUUAAUAUGCAUGCUAUUACUGUGCUGAAAACAUUAGAUUAUAGUGAGAAACAGGCCGUUUUAAUACCGGAUGAAGUUCUGAAUGCAGUUGGAGACAAUCCAGUCACUAAUGUAAACUUCAGCAAGAAUAAUCUGACUGAAAUUCCAGCAAGGAUUGUGGAACUAAAAGAAUCUGUGAGUGAUAUUAAUUUUAGUUUCAAUAAGCUAUCUUCUGUUUCACUGGAGCUCUGUAUGCUUCACAGACUGACACAUUUGGAACUCAGAAAUAACAUUUUGACAUCUCUGCCAGAUGAAAUGGAAGCAUUGGCAAAACUACGGACAAUAAAUCUUGCCUUUAACAGAUUUAAAAUAUUUCCAAAUGUGCUCUAUCGCAUCUCGACUCUAGAAGCCAUUCUUCUUGGAAAUAAUCAGAUUGGAUCCCUAGAUCCUCAACAGCUACAGAAGAUGGAAAAGCUCAGUACUCUAGAUCUUCAAAAUAAUGAUCUCCUACAGAUUCCACCAGAACUUGGGAAUUGUGACAAUCUCAGAGUACUUUUAUUGGAAGGUAACCCUUUCCGAACUCCCCGUGCAGCUAUUCUGGCUAAGGGAACAGCUGCUGUGCUUGAAUAUCUGAGAAGCAGGAUUCCUACUGUUGCCGCUGAUGUGAACUAAAAAGUGUGCAACAUCUUACUUUCUGAAGAACGAAGAUCAUGGUGUUGUUGAGAAACAUAACUUGAAAAUGCAUAUGCUAGGAAGUUGCUUCUAGGGUUCUCAAAGGAUUUUAGUCUACUUGCAGGCAACUCAGGCUGUCCUUGGGGCCAUACUUGUAUGGCAUGUAUUUGGGUGAGUGAUAUAUGACACUACCUAGAAAAAGCAGAUGGUUGCUUAUGACCUUCUCUCCCUUCAACAUAUGUAUCUGGUAUGGCCAUGUUCUAAUUUUAUAUUUGGUACUUUUCAGCCAUUUAGAAAUCUGCUUAUAUGUUUUAAGAGCCCCAAAAUGUGUUUGCUAUUCAUGUAUACAAUCUUAAGGCUUUGGUCUGAAGGGUGUUAUAGAAGAAGUAUAAACUAAAGAUUUGGUUGCCAUUGGUAUUUUGAUACAUGAAUGUAAUCUGUAUUUUAAAUUCAGAUUCAAUUUCAAAAAUAGCAUUUAUACACAUUUACAAAUGCAAAAAAUACUUAUGGAACAAACACACAAUACAGAGUAUCACAAAUAUAAGGAAUAGUACAUUAACCCAGAGUAUUCCCAACUUCGGGGUUGGUAGGCUCUCAUGGUUUUUGUGGAUUUCAUAGGCAUCAUUGCAAAUAUUAGUUUUGUAGGAAGCAAACUGAUGAGGUUCUGUUCUGUUCUAUGAAUCCUUUCAUUCCCCCCCCCCCAACACAUAUAUCACAUUGUAAAUAUCCUCUUCAAAUGUUUUCCUUGUAUUCUGUCCUCUUGUUUGUUUCUUAAUUGAAAGGAUAAAUACACUUAUUUCAUUGUGGGAUCCUACUUGGCUUGCUUCCAGAUUAUUUUAUUCUGAUACAAUCCCUGUCUGAGUGAGGAUUCCUGCCAAAUUCCAGUCCUGAAACUGGUGGAUUGCCCCUGGUUCGGACCUGUUCUUGUGAACCGGUAGUAAAACCAGGGGGAGGCUCUGCCCACUGACCGCGACAUAAUCCGGAAGCUUCUGCGCAUGUGCAGAAGCUUCUACAAUGUGCAGAAGCAAGCGCAUGUGCGUGAUCCCGCUGCAAACCAGUAGUAAAGGUAAGUAGAACCCACCCCUGUCCUGAAAUACUAAGUAAACAUUCAGUUAAUUGAUGAGUUGUACUGUUGAAUCACCAGUGUUAAAAGACUGAGGUUUUAAUUCCUUGUAUAAUACUAUCUGUUCAGCAAUAUAUGGAAUUAUUUGUUGGAUGUUGGCAAGUACUAAGGGUGAUUGCAAAACCACAAUCCUAAUUGAAUACAAGCUUAAGAGACAGCUGGUUCUAACUCAGGCCUGGGCAACUAUGGCCCCUUUGCAACUCCCAGAAUUCCUGAGCCAGGAGUGGCUGCUGGCUUAGGAAUUCUGGGAAAUGAAGUCCACAGGUCAUAAAGGGGCCAUAAUUUGCUUCCACCCAUACAACCCCACCUCUGCCUACCCCAAUCAGCAAUUCCAGUAAGAGGUGAUUUCUCCAGAAUCUUGAUAUUAGAUGAUGGCCAUUGAUACACUAAAUAUGAUGCACGCCGUGAGUCCUUCGGGAGAAGGGCGGUAAAAAAAUCAAAUAAAUAAUAAAAAAUAAUAAUAAUAAAAAUGAAGGCCUAUUUUAGAGAAAGAAAAUAUGCUGAUUAAAGGUAAAGAGGAUGCUGUGGCAUCUUCUAGAUGUUUGCUUUUAUCUAUAUAAUAAAAUGUUUUGGGUUUUGUAAAUAUGCUGGCAGGAAUUCUUACAGAUCAAAGAGGUCCUUCUGGAAACUCAUUAUAAUCUCCAACAAAUAUGCUUAAGUGCCCCUGUGUGAAGCAGUAGACACUGACCUUUUUAGCAGCUGAGAAGUUAAGGAUAGCAUAAAGGCUACACUAGUGCAUUAAACUUUGUGUGUAUGUGUGUGUGUGAGACAGAGAGAAAGAGAAAGAUACUUCACAUCUAGCCAGCUCUGCCAGAUGCUUUCUACCCUAUAUGAACUUUAGCUACAGCAGGAUCAUCAACCUUCAAAAUUCGAAAACCCCAGGAGAGCAAAUGUUCUGUCUAUUGUGGUGGCAGCUGCUGGGAAAGUAACCUUUAAAGCUGCUCUUUUAUGUUCCAAACUAUGCUUCAGAUAAACUUGGAGAGUCUUUAAAAAAUUAAAACUAAGUCUGAAUCUGAGUACAAGUAAAACCAAUGAGAGACUUGCUGUGGAUUAUUGAUACUUGCUUUCUGUGAGUGAUAAAAGAUGAAAGUGUGGCAAUACAUUGCUCUGAAGGCAGAAUGUUUACAAUAAGGUGACUUUAUUUAUACAAUAGACUUUUUAAUAUAUUAUUCAAAACACUUCUUUUAAAUACUGAAAAAAUUUGAGUACAUCAAAGCCGAAAAUGGCUCUGCUAUACGCUGCACAGCAUUGUUUGAGUCCCUGUAUUCUUUUUAUGUACAGAAAGCAUCUGCAAAAUGCAUUCUAGACACAAUAUACACCUUACUAGUUAGUGUCAAUACGCAAAGUAAAAUGGAAAAGAUACUAUCUGUAUGUGCAAAUUAAAGAUAAUUGAUUUCACUGAAUCAAUUCAUUUAAAAUAUAGCUUUAAAGUACUUUUUCACAUAAAAUGAAGCAGCUUUCAAGUUCAGUAAAUCUGUAUACUGCAAAACAUUGAAUUACAUUCACAAUCUAUGUUCAUAAAGUAGUAAAUGAUUCUUCAUUCAG